UACACGGAUUUGAGGCGCUGUCGGUCGUGCUGUGCGUGCGGUCCGUGAGGUUUUGUUGCGCUAGCAGAAGCAGAAAUCGUGGUAUCCGAGCGCUGCGCUACAGCAGCUCAUCAAGCGCACCCGUUUUGUUUUGUGUGCAAAUAAUUCGUGCCAGUGAGUGCAGUUGUGACGACGACGCCUAACAACGAAAUCAAGUCGUUGGUGUUUUUUUUUAAUUUUUAAUAAGUGAAGCGUAACUGUGCAACUGCAGAUUUUUGAACUGGAGAGCGCGAUCCACCUUCAGCUUCGCCUGUGUGCUUUUUAUUCGGUCUUGUUCUACUGUGCCGUUCCAUCUCUCCAGUUCUUGUUAUAAGCGCCCCCGUGUGCAAUCUACCUACCACACCCGUAUGUGUGCGUUGGCGCGGUCGCAUUCCGCCAAAGAAGCAAAGAAAGCAACAACAACAACAACAACAACAAAAUCACGUCCCUCGCGUAUCGACUAAGCUGUGCACGCGGCGAGAGUGGCUACACACACGUACAUCCACAUACACACAUACACCGCGUGGUGGGCAGCUUACGAGUGUUAGGCAGUGAGUGUUGUUCGCCACAUACCACAAGAAAAGGCUAAAUAGUGCAAUUGCCGAACGAAAAGAAAAGAUCGAACGAAAAGCAAAAGGCGCCGCCCCAUUCAUUGUCACCAGGCGGUUGUGUGCAAGUGUGCAGUGUGCAGUUGAAGGUUGUUAGCAAUCCCCCCGCAUCCCGAGCACAGUAAUCCUCUGUGCAGUGUUUCUGGUGGGUAGAUCAACACAAGCACACGUUCAUACACACACACACACACGCGCGCGGUAAAACACGCUCGAGGCGUGUUGCGUUUGUUUGUUUGCUGCAGCAACCCAUGCAACCGGGUGCAGCGGCAGCAACAGCAGUAGUGCAAUGCAGUGCAGUGCGGUGGAGAUGAUGAUGAUGAUGAUGUUGCACGAGCGGAGAGUGUUCCGCUGCCGUUCCGCAGCCCACGCGACACCUUGUUGAGCCCGCAACACACACAACACACACAAUCCGCCACCAGAGUAGGCUGCGACUUUACCUGCUUGAUCACACACUCUUGCGCGUCCGUCAAGAUUUGUGUGCCGCCGUCUGUUUGUACCCUGGAUUUCGUGGGUCGUGCUGGCUGUUACCGGAAGUGGCCAUCGAGUUGGCUGGUGUGAGUGUGUGUGCCCGCGCUCCGGAAAUUGUCCAUGCUUGAACACCACGCCAGACCGGGUGGACUCAUUUACCACAAGAGCACAAGAGCAGAGCAAUAUACCAAGUAUUCCUUCCAUUCUCCACCGAAUGUGUGCGUCCGUGCGUGCGUGCGUCCGUGCAGAUCUGUAUGUGUUGGCACACUAAGUGGUGUGCUGGUGCAACAACGAUCGUGCUGCUGUUGGGGUGUACAAUAGUGGCUUUGCAGCAGUUUUCCCGUGUGAAGUUCUCGAAACGAAAGUUGUGCGAAAGUUUAGCAAGCCAACAGGGCUACUACCAUAUCUGAGUAUUCUGUACGAAAAAGCUCCCAGUGUUGUUGGUGUGCAAGGGAAAGGAGGAUGUGUGUGAGCGUUACACGUCCAGCAAGAAUCACAACGUUGUUUUGAGUGUGAGAGAAAGUGCAAGUGUAUGCAAGGGAAAUGAAACCGUGAAUAUUCGAAGCAGCAGCAACAGCAGUGGAAAGAUCCGAAGUUAUGACGAAAAGCGGGGCCACAGAUUUGCCCGCCAUCAACGACGAAUACGACGACGAGAAUUAGCCAACUCGCUCCAGAAUCCUCAACGAGUGUACGAUCUCCUCUGUGGUGUGUUUGGUGAUAAUGUGGUGUUGACACGAUAGUGUUAGUGGUUAAGCAAGAAGAAUUAGUGUGUCGAUAAGCAAGAGUGGUUCGCUGUUCGAAAGAUAUAUCCAAGAUAUCCCCAUUCGAAAGUCGACCCUGGCGAGUGUUUUUGGGGCUAGCAGUUUGUGCAAGUUUAAGUGCAUUUCCAGAGGAAGUCCGUAGCUAGCGGUUUAAUUCGCAACCAAAGAGUGUUGCGUAUAUCUACUACUGCAUCUGUUCUGUGCUUGUGUAUAUGCUGUUUGUGCAUGUGUAGCUGGCAGGUGUCACUUUUGGUCAACCAGCGUACAAACACCCCACAGUGUCCGAAGAGUUCAAAUCUGAAUCAGAAGGGUGUGUUCUACGAGUGUGUUGCGAAUAGCGCGAGAAGAAAGUUGUUGUGCGUGUGUGCGAGAGUCUAGCAGCAGUAGCAACAGUCUCAACAAAAAAGCUAUCAACGAAAAAGGGUGAAAUCCGGCAGAGAAACACCCCACGAUCGAGCCAGCAAAAGAAAGCACGGAAUCCACACCACCCACCGCUUACAGCCCUGAACGCAGAGCUACUGAACACGGUGCGGCGUCCGUUUGCGGCUUGCGACGGAUCAAGCCUCAAAACGCCGAGAUUCACCGUCUUUAAUUGCUUAGUCAUUAUAAGGCGAUUAACAAAACGAUGACGACGGAUUUUGGUGACCUUCGGCUGAUGAAGACGAAGCAGAAGCAGACGACCAAACGAAAACUUAACCGCCACGUGGAGGCGUUUCACCGUGUGCAGCAUUACUCCUACUACUACUACUAUUGCCACCAAAGCAACGGCAACGGCGCAACGAAGCAACACGACGCACUAUUGAUCAGCAGACGAAGAACGAAACCAUCAGCGACGAGCAGAGCGAGGAGAGCUAGUCCAUUACGAACGCGCGGCGACAACAUUGCGACACAGCGGUUCCGGUCCCAGCAACCCGGAGCGAACCCAUCGUAAAGUGCGAGGCAAAUCGAAAACUCGACAACCCUUUACACAACCCCCCAAUAAAGGCUUAGAAGCUACAAGCGCAGCAUCCUACAGCCUUCCACCUCGACGACGCCGGAUCGCGAUCGAUCGCGGGUGGGUGUCUUCAUGGAUCGGCGCAAUGGCGGCACUAGUUUGGCGCCCCCAAGGCCCCCGAAAUCGUUGCCCCGUGUCCAUCGGCCACGGGCCCCAGACCCAAACGCUUCACCGCCAGCGUCGGCCAUCCUGUCGGCCAGCAUGCCAGCCGGUCCGAACCAUCCGUCGGCGAUGAUUGGCAUGAUGGUGGCCGGCAGCACCAACGGGGCAGCGCCAACCGGCAACAAUAAUGGGGGUGGUUGCCAUCCCACCACGACAACAGCAGCUUCAGCGACACCAUCGCCACCGCAACUGUCGCCCAAGCCGAGACAUCUGAUCGGUGGCGGCGUCAGUGUCGGCAGCACCAGCGUCCUAGGUAGUAGUAAUUUAAGCGCAAGCGGAAACGACAACAGCAGCAGCAGCAGCAGCAGCAACCUAGCGAGUAAUAUCAGCAGCAACAGCAACAAUAAUAUUAGUAAUAACAAUAACAAUAAUAAUAAUAAUAAUAAUAACACUAUUUUUAUGAAUAACAAUCCUCAUAAUCAGGCGAGCGCGGCGGCCGCCGGUGCCAGCGGCGGAAGUAAUUUUAACAGUGCUAGCCUAAUAAGUAGCAGAAGUAAUAGUAGUACUAGUGGCACUAGUAAUAGCACCAGCAGUAGCAGCCCUAGCAGUAGGAGUAAUAGUAAUCUAAACAAUAAUAGCAGCAGUGGCAGCAGCAGCAGCAGAAGCGUUAAUAGUCAACAUCAUCAGCAUCAUCAGCCCCAUCAGCCCCAUCACCACCAUCAAACAGCUUCUUCGCCUCCUCCUCCUCCUGCUCCAUCGCAUCAUCAUCAUCAUCAUCAUCAGCAUAAUCAUCCACACCAGCAGAGCAAUCGAAGCAUCGGCAGCAACUCGUCCACGUUGUCGUCGGUAUCGUCCAGCUCGUCGACGGUGGCGCUGCUGAGGCCGCAGAUUGCACCGCUCGUGCCACUGCACUCCCGGUCGGCGACACCACCUCCCUUACCGCCCCACCACCAACGGCCGACGUCACCGGUCGGUAGCACCUUCGCCCGCCGUCGGCUCAGUCCAGCCACGACGAGUCCGCAUCAUCAUCCGCAUCUCUCAAGUAUUCCGCUCGGCGCAGCCGCAACAGCCGCCGCCCCAACGACCGCUUCCACCACCACCACCACCGGAGCGCUACCGCCGGUUCUGCUGCUGCCCGUCGAUCAACCGAUCGUGGGGGCGCCCAACUCACCCUCCAACCCGACGACGCCGGUCACGCUGGCCGCGCCCCGACCGGAAAACGAGCGGCUUGCGAACGAGUACGUCGAUACGCCGUUCGGGCGUGGCAAUGGGCCCGCCGGCAACAUUCCAUCGACGGGACCCUCGGCCGGGUUGCUGCUGCAGCAGGGAACGCCGCAACACCACCAGCAGCAGCACCGCAAUCUAUCCCUGCUCGCGGGUGAAGCCAUACUUCCGGUGCCGGUGAUUACGGGCCAGCCGCGACCAACGCUCGAUCGAUCGAGGUCUCCCAUGGGCGGCAACAGUGACGCUAUCCGCGUAGUUAAGAACACCGAAGGACGUCACGGACUCACGACGACGACGACGACGACGACGACGACGACGACGAUCGUGCCCAGCAACGGUCAAUCGCACACGGGCGGUAUUGCGCGCGGGUCAAGCAUCAUCACCAAACAGCCGACGAAGAAGAAGGACGGUUCGGAUCGGCACGAGUUGCUGGAGUUGGAGCUGCAAGGGCAUCACCACCAUCACCACCAUCACCACCGGCACCAUGGACGUUCGGCGGUGGCCACGGUAGGUGGUGCAAGUCCAGGAGCACUCGGACCGGCCGGUGUGGCUGGUUCCGAUGGGUUGAUCGGCAUCGGAUCUAUUACGUGUCCCCGGUGUAGACGGUGCAGGUGUGAGGAAUGCCAAAAGCCGCGACCACUCCCAUCGCACUGGCUCUGCGACAAGAGCUGCCUGUGCAGUGCGGAGACAAUCAUCGACUACGCGUCCUGUCUGUGCUGCGUGAAGGCGCUCUACUACCACUGCUCGAAGGAGCACGAGUUCGAGCGGGAGGUGAUGGGCCCGGACGGGACCAUCGAGACGGAAACGGUGUCCUGUGCGGACGAUCCCUGUUCCUGCGUGCCGCACAAGCGCACGACCCGCUGGGGCUGUCUGGGCGCACUGUCGGUCGUGCUGCCCUGCCUCUGGUGCUACUGGCCGAUGCGUGGCUGCGUGGCCAUCUGUGCCCGCUGUUACGCCAAACAUUCCCGCCACGGUUGCCGCUGCACGCAGCAUCCGGCAGCUCCGUCGGCCAGCUUCCCGCCGGGAAGCGCACUGAGCGGAGCCGGUGGCAUCCUCAACGUCGGUUCCAUGUUUGGGGCCGAUCUGCUCGGCACCACUAACGGAACGCUGCCGACCAGCGGUGUUCACGAGAUGCGGACAAAGGGUGACCCGGCCGAUAGCGACUCACCGCUGCAGCAUCUUCACCACCAUCUGCGGCACCAUCUGCAACAGCAGCAGCAACAGCAUCAUCGGUCGGGUGCGUCUACCAACCUGACCGAUCUUACCACGCCCGAGAAGCGGCUGCUCGAUUCCAGCAACGAUGGCUACUGACGAUGGUGGCACUGUUGGUCGGAGGACACCGACCACAACCCGACGGACGACGACACGGACGCGGAGGAGGAGGGUGUGGAGGAUCGGGACGCGAUCACCUACGAUCACGAGGUCGAUGCGGAGGACGAUGAUGAUUCCACGAUGAUUAUGAUGAUGUUGCAUCUGUAGACACCAUUCUUAAUCCCCAAUUCGUUUCGUGUCCACCGUACCAGCUCUUUGCACCCUGUGCACUGUUGUGUACGGCCUCCCCGUAAGUGUGUUGUAAGGUUCCAUGUGUGUUUGCAAGGAUUAAGCGAGAACUGUCCUAUAAACCUUGUUGCCUUCCUAUCCCAUGUUUCCUAGUAACCAUCCGAGAGCAUCUUGCCAAGUGGAUUCUGCCGCUAAUGAUACUGCAAGAAGGUUUCCGCUUUGUUGCGUGUAGCCAUUUUCAUUCAGCUCUUGCUGCUGUUGCUGACACCGACAGCUGGUCGGAUCGAUUGCCGCCGACUCAUGAAGCAGGAAGUGAAGAUCGUCUUUGGAGAUCAUGCAUUGUUCCUGGGACAUUCCGUUAUCUCUCUCUCUCUGCAACCGUUGUCUGGCCGUGUGUCUAGCGUCCACUUGCGUCGCUUUCCAGCUGGUGUUGGUGUCUCGAUUUCUGGCACGAUGGAAUGGAAUGUGAACCUUUUUUCCAACAUUUUUUUUUGUCAAUCUUCUCGAUCAUCAAUGGCUAAGGAUAUUGAUUCCAAUGGCUCGCGUGCUCUUUCUCUCUCCCUCUCUCUCUCCGAUGUGAGGAUUCGGUUUUCAGAUACCUGAAUCGGAUCGAAACCCGGUAGGAUCUCUUCCGUCGAACGACGCCGCAAAGCAAACUCCGAUCCCGAAUUCCGAUCAGAUGCGCCUCUCGGGGAUGCGUAUUACCAUCUGUUGUUGCCAACAGGAGCAGCAGUCGUGAUGCAGGUCGUUGCAGCAUCACACAUUCUUGCCAGGGAGAGAGAAGCAUGUAUGUGUGUUGAGAAGAGUUGGGAUUCUUUUACCAGUGAUGGAAUGAAGCGUUGCUGGUUGCAUAUUUUGGACCGUAAGAACCCUCUUGGCAUUACUGUUGGUGUUGGUGUUUGUGUGUGUGCGAGUGUUCUCUUCCAGUGCUUUUUGGCCACUUUUCACAACCUUCUCAACCUUCCGAAGCUCAUAUUUCCUGGAAAUUGCAUUGUCCCUUUUCGUUUCGUUUCGUUCGUCCGUCCGUCUGUCCGUCCUGCCUGGCAGGAAACGCACAUGGACGCAACAAGCAUGCCGUGGAAGAUUAUCCCCAUGGUUGCCAUGGUUUUGGCUGGCAACACCGCAUUUUUGACGUUUCAUUCCCGCCAAAUUGAAAACAUUUUUGCUUGUGUUUGUUUUUGUUUUUGACUUUUGCACUUCAAAAAGCCAAGCCGACAACAACAACACGGGCUAUACGUAUCGCGUUUAAUUUUGCGAAACACUGACAGUCACAUGCCAUAGACCCACCCUGGUCAGUGCAGCGAAACAUUGAGGCACUACUCAUCAAAACCCACGUGCGUCAUCACCCAGUAGUGUAGUAAGGUGUUAGUAUAGCGACGGCAGGAUCCGACGUCCGACAAAAUGGCUUUAAAUCCGCUUGUGUGUGUGUGCGUGUGUCUGUUUGUUUGUUUCGUUUCGGACAACCAACCAACCAAUCUGGCCAGAAAAAUGAUCUCGAUCUUCCACGCGUUUUGUUUUUUUGUUUUCAAAAUAGAAAUUUUGGCACAUUUUUCACUGGCCUGCCUCUUUUCACUGCCCCGCCCGCAAUGUGGGUCGCGCGCUACGUGCGCAAAUGCGCGCGAUGUGAAAUGUUGCGCGAAAAGGGCAGUUUGAACAUUUAAAAAUAAAUUUCAUUCAUAAAGUUUCCUGGUUCUCCGUGUGUGCGGCGGACAAGCGCGCGUGUGCUCGAGUUUCAAGCAUGUUUAAAAGUAUAUUCAAACAUUUUCGGGUCCUUUCAGGCAUCCAUUUUUUUUUGUGUUUGUGUUACUGCAGCUUUGGCUGUCGAGUAAAAUAUUUCCAUCCAACCGGUCGAAUGCUCUCGAUUGCCCGAUUUGGAUUCCGUUUUUCAUCUUGCAAUGAAGAACAGGAUACAUCUAAACCAAAUCAUAUUGUAUCAUUUGCCGUACUUUCACCUCCCAUUGUUAGUAUAUUAGUUUUCUGUCUUUUUUAAAUAACAAAAUGGUUUACAUUCAUCAUUCCACCCCACUAGCCUGCCACGCUUUUCCCAUCUUUCCUCCAACUCUCACUCUACGCCUCAGACAAAUGGGGGGUCUCACAGCACACGAACGUAAAAGCGAACAACAGGAGCAAAGAGCAAGUCCGUGCAAAAAGAAAACAAUGAAAACAGGAAAGGAAAACAAAGGAAAAACUGAAGCAAAAAACGUAUAAAACAAAGCAAACGAACUCAAGAUUUCGAGUAGGAUUUAAUUUCCAGUAUUAUCUAGUCGUGCAUUAAAAUAGUUUUGUAAAAAGAAAGUGUUGAAGCGGGGAAGAAGAUGAAGAAGAAGAAGAAGAAGAAGAAGGAAAGCAUUAAAACAAAAACAGAACUAACUUGCGGUGGAAAAUAACAACAACAACAAACAAACAAAAAACAAGCGCUGCAAGAGAUAGAUGGAAUGUUAAAAAAAAUCAGAAGAAAAGCGGGAGCAAAAGGAAAAGAAAAGUUACAGUCGAAUAAUGUCGAAAUCGAAAAUGUAAGAAUGAAAACGCUAGCGUUAAGAAGCAGUUUGGGAGCGUAAACUCCCACAGGCCGGCAGCAGAGAUGUGCUGCAUCGCGUGCCUUUUUUGUGCGACCGCGUUUGUGUUGUAUGUAUGUUUCGUUUUUAGCUAUUUUUAUUAUUAUUAUUAUUAUUAUUAUCUAUUAUUAUCUAUUAUUAUUAUUAUUAUUAUUUUACCUUUUACAAAACUCAACACAACCAAGAAGGGCGCGGGGCCGUAAUUGAUCAAUGAAUGUGGGGAGGAGGGGGAUGAGGUUAUAUGGGUAGGGGUUGUUUUUGGAGGUCGUUAUUUUAUUUGCCCUUUUUUGUACUUUUCUUCCAUGUGGUAUUUCCUCACACACACACAAACACGGACACAAACAUAAAACCAACAAAAUCAAGGAACAAAAUUAUGGAUGCUAUAAAGAAAGCACAGACAGACAGUGUGUGUGUGUGUGUGUGUGUGUGUGUGGGCCCAUUUUGGGGCACGAAUGAACGACUGCUGGGGCAGUAGGGGGUUGUAUAGAGGGUAUGGGUGUACGCGAAGGGGAAUCGGUGGGGCAAAGUCUAUUUUUGUUUUUUGGCACGAAAAUUGGAAGCGGAGGUAAAAAUUAUUAUUUUAUUGAUAAGUUGUAAGCUAGCUUUGCUUUUGUUUUUCUGUCUCCUGUCGACCUACGAAAGCGUGAAAGGAAAGAAGGCAAACAAGGAUGUAUAUGUAUGUUUUGUAUGUAUGUAGCAGUAGCUAGGUUGGUAGGUAGGUAGGUAGGUAGGUAGGUAGGUAGGUAGGUAGGUAGGAAGGAAGUAAAGAAGAAGAUGGAAAGGCGUCGAAACAUAGUGUCGGAGGUGUAAGAGACGGAAGAAAAUCCCAUGACGCUUUAAACAAACAAACACAAACAAAACCCACAUUAGGUGGAAAGCGAGGUAGUAAAAACAAGCAGCCAACCCAUCUUGAAGAAAUGCAUUCAGAAAGAGGAAAAGAAAAGGUGGCAAACGUGUAACGCGGCUGCGUGUAACAUGGGAAAACAAAAUGCAAAAAAACACAACAAAACAUUUGCAAAUGUAAUAUAUACUAAGGAAAACCGGAACAGAGAAACGAGAAAAUAAAUUAUUUAGCUAACAAAUCGAAUCAUAACAAUGGAGAAAAACAAAACACACAACAAACCAAAUAUGGACGAUUUCAUUCUGGUAGUGUACAGCCCACCGGAGGAGGUGAUCGAUCUUCCCCCGGUGUUGGGUUUUCGGUGUGGAAAGAAAAAGGGAAGCAUUUAAGAAAAAGGGGAGAACCGGAAGUAGCGACAGCAGCAGCAGUUCCUUAAAUCUUAUUGGUGUGCACAUGUGGUCGUGUGGAGCAGAAUUUGGUUUAAAGUUUUCUACUUUUGAGUUGUUGACUUUCCAUUUUCGUUUCGUUUCGUUCCCGACUUUUCAUUCACCGCUUGGCCAAAAUCCACUGCUCUGAUUGCUGACCACAGUUCUUCUGCUACUGCACUGGUUCUUCGUUGGAGACUAAAACAAAACAAAACAAAGAAAAAAAAAA